AUGACCUCCUCCUCGCCCAAUAUGCUCACAAAGUUCGAAUCGAAAUCUUCCCGCGCAAAGGGCAUUGCCUUUCAUCCKAAGCGACCAUGGAUCCUCGUUUCCCUGCACUCCUCGACGAUUCAAUUGUGGGACUACCGCAUGGGCACACUCAUAGACCGCUUUGAGGAACACGACGGCCCGGUCAGAGGCAUUGACUUUCACAAGACACAGCCGCUGUUUGUGUCGGGAGGAGAUGAUUACAAGAUCAAAGUCUGGUCAUAUCAGACCAGGAGGUGUCUGUUCACGCUGAAUGGCCACUUGGACUAUGUGCGAACCGUCUUCUUCCACCACGAGCUUCCUUGGAUCAUUUCCAGCUCCGAUGAUCAGACGAUUAGAAUAUGGAAUUGGCAAAACAGGUCAUUGAUCUGCACAAUGACCGGUCACAACCACUACACCAUGUGCGCUCAGUUCCAUCCCAAGGAGGAUCUGGUCGUCUCCGCUUCGCUGGACCAGUCAGUGCGAGUUUGGGACAUUUCAGGCCUGCGCAAGAAGCACUCCGCGCCAACUUCCAUGUCCUUUGAAGAUCAGAUUGCGCGCGCGAACCAAAAUCAGGCCGACAUGUUUGGAAACACCGAUGCCGUGGUGAAGUUUGUGCUGGAAGGUCACGAUCGCGGCGUGAAUUGGGUCGCUUUCCAUCCCACACUUCCCUUGAUUGUAUCGGCAGGAGAUGAUAGAUUGGUCAAGCUGUGGAGGAUGAGCGAAACCAAGGCGUGGGAGGUGGAUACUUGUAGAGGACACUUCCAGAACGCUUCUGCAUGUCUGUUCCACCCACAUCAGGAUCUCAUCUUGUCCGUCGGCGAGGACAAGACCAUUCGCGUUUGGGAUUUGAACAGAAGAACUUCCGUCCAGUCAUUCAAGCGGGAUAACGACCGAUUUUGGGUGAUUGCAGCACAUCCAGAAAUCAACCUCUUCGCCGCAGGCCACGACAAUGGUGUCAUGGUCUUCAAGCUUGAGCGCGAGCGACCCGCAUCUGCCGUUCACCAAAACAACAUCUUCUUCAUCAACAAGGACAAACACGUUCGGUCUUACGACUUCACCAAGAACCUCGAGAGCCCAUCUAUGCUGAACCUGAAGAAGCUGGGCAGCGCAUGGGUCCCACCUCGUACUGUGUCGUACAACCCAGCUGAGAGGUCCAUUCUCGUAACGACACCUGCCGAAGGUGGCUCUUACGAGCUCAUGAGCCUACCACGGGAAGCAUCAGGAGCCGUAGAGCCUACCAGCACACAUCGCGGGACUGGAUCAGCUGCAGUUUUCGUUGCACGCAAUCGCUUUGCCGUCUUCAACUCUGCGAACCAGCAAAUCGACAUCAAGGACCUUCAAAACUCCACCACGAAGACCAUCAAGCCCCCAACGGGCACAACCGAUAUGGUCUUUGGAGGUACCGGAUGCUUGCUUCUCGUCGCUCCAACACACGUAUACCUAUACGAUAUCCAACAAAAGAAGCAGCUUGCCGAGCUUGCGGUUGCUGGAGUCAAGUAUGUUGUGUGGUCGUCAGAUGGUCUUCACGCCGCCCUGCUCAGUAAGCACAACGUCACAAUCGUCAACAAGUCGCUCCAACAAAUUAGCACUCUCCACGAAACUAUUCGAAUCAAGAGUGCUACUUGGGACGAUGCUGGCGUGCUCCUCUACUCCACACUCAACCACAUCAAGUACGCACUGAUGAAUGGAGACAACGGUAUUGUUCGCACACUCGAGCAUGUCAUCUACCUUGUACGUGUCAAGGGUCGCAGCGUCUACUGCCUGGAUCGCGCCGCCAAGCCUAAGAUCCUCACAAUCGACCCAACCGAGUACCGCUUCAAGCUGGCGCUUGUCAAGAGGCAUUACGAUGAGAUGCUCAACAUCAUCAAGACUUCAAGUCUGGUCGGUCAGAGCAUCAUUUCGUACCUACAGAAGAAGGGUUACCCAGAGAUUGCAUUGCAAUUCGUCCAAGACCCACAGACUCGCUUUGAGCUGGCUAUUGAAUGCGGAAACUUGGAUGUCGCCGUUGAGAUGGCCAAACAGCUGGAUCGUCCACAACUCUGGCAACGUCUGAGCUCGGAAGCGCUCGCACAUGGCAACCACCAGGUUGUGGAGAUGACUUACCAGAAGCUGCGUAACUUUGACAAACUCUCUUUCCUGUAUCUCACCACGGGCGAUCAGGAGAAGCUACAGCGUAUGGCAAAGAUUGCGGAGCACAGAGGCGACAUGACCAGCCGUUUCCAGAACUCCAUCUACUUGGGUGACGUUCAAAGUCGGAUAGAGAUGCUCAAGGAGGUUGAUCAGUAUCCUCUUGCAUAUCUGACCGCCAAAUCCAACGGCCUAGAAGAAGAAUGCCAGGCAAUUCUUGAGGCAAGCGGCUUGACCGAGGACCAAAUCAGCCUACCAAGCGUUGGAAAGCCUGUUUCACCUCCCAAAGCCGUCGCGCCUACAUUCAAAGCCAAUUGGCCAACCAAGGCUACUGGCACGAGUUCUUUUGAGAAGGCUCUCAUGGCGGAAGGUGAUGACGCGGUUGUUGCUGAUACGAAUGGCUUUGUCGAGGAGGACCUUCUCCAAGACGAGGAAGCCACUGGAAAUGGAGCACUCGACGAUGGCGACGACGACGAUGCCGCUGAUGGAUGGGACCUGGGCGAUGAUGCUGUACCAGAGGUGGAAGAGGACUUCGUCAAUGUCGAGAGCGCAGAAGCUGGUGCUGGCAGCAGCGAGGCCGAUCUCUGGGCACGAAACUCACCACUCGCAGCAGACCAUGCUGCUGCUGGUAGCUUUGACACUGCCAUGAAUCUCCUCAACCGACAAGUCGGUGCGGUGAACUUCAAGCCGCUCGAGGACCGCUUCAUGGAGAUCUACCAGGCUACACGAACCUACCUCCCUGCCAAUGCCGGCAUGCCUCCACUUGUUAAUUACGUCCGCCGAACACUCAACGAGACAGACUCUCGCAAGGUUCUGCCACUCAUUCCAAGAGACCUCGAAUCGAUUCAAGCCGCAGAACUUUCUAUCGGAAGGAACGCAAUGAAAGCCAACAAGCUAGAGGAAGGUGUACUAUCCUUCAAGAAGGCGCUGCACUUGAUCAUGGUGAACGCCGUCUCCUCCCAGAGCCAGGCGCAAGAGGCACAGGCUGCUGUCCACCAAGCAGCACAAUAUGUCGUGGCAAUGUCCAUUGAGCUAGAGCGACGGAAGAUCGUGGGUGGCGCAACAGAUUUGAGCUCCUUUUCAGAAGACAUCAAGAAGCGUAGCUUGGAGCUGUCCGCCUACUUCACCGUUCCUGACAUCGAGCCUCAGCAUCGCACUCUUGCUCUGUUCUCGGCUAUGAACUUUGCCAACAAGAACAAGCAGAUGGGAAGUGUGCUGAACUUUGCCAACGCGCUGAUUGAGAAGGGCACAAAUGCGAAGUUCAAGGAGACUGCCCGCAAAUUCAAGACCGCUGCCGAGCGCUCUCCAACGGAUGCCGUCGAAAUUGAAUACGACACCUUCGGCGAAUUUGACAUUUGCGCCGCAUCCUACACACCCAUCUAUGCUGGCGAGGCAAGCACAAGCUGUCCAUUCUGCGCGGUCAAGUACAAGACGAAGUACAAGGGUACUGUGUGUAACGUAUGUGAGGUUUCGGCGAUUGGAGCCCCGAGCAGUGGGUUGCGCUUGACAGUUUGA